AUGUUCCCGGUACCACAUUCAACGCUGCUGAUGACCGAUCAGAGUCUUCUUUCUAAAAUGAAAACAGUUCACCUAAGCCUGGAAUCACUACGCACUGAGCUGCAAUCGUUGCAAUACGGUUUUUCCUGCGAUGAUUCCACCUCGAACCCGGAGAAAGAGGAAAUAUUUAAACGAAACGAGCAAAGCAUCGAGCUGGGCUUGGGAGAGGUUCAACUUCUAAUCGCCCUCAUAUCCCACCUGAAGAGCAUUGACAUCGAACGGCAGAAGCUACGGAUACAGGUUAAGCGACUUUGCGAGGAAUCUUCCUGGCUACGGGACGAGCUGCAAAUCAGCCAGGAGCAGCUGCUCAACUCAGAGCUAAAAGUGGUGCAGCUCGAAGAAGAAAAGAAGCAGAUGGAAUACGCAGCGUCCAUCAAGAAGUACGACGACUUUCUGGAAGGUGAGGAAUUUUCCGAGAAAUUCGGCGAUGAUCCAGCGUUUGAUCUGUUCCCCGAGGAUGAAACGGCAGAACGGCGACUCAGCAAAACAACACCAACACCGUCGCAAAACUAUGCAGACUAUGAAGUAUCUGCGCGCUUAAGGACCAUUCAUAACUUGGCCAUAGACUAUGCGUCGAAGGGAAAGUAUGAGGUUGCAGUGCCCCUGUGCAGACAAGUCCUGGAGGAUCUUCAAAGCCAGCACGGACGAGAGCAUCCCGAUGUGGCCACAAUGCUCAGUAUCCUGGCUAUGGUGUACCGUGAUCAGAACAAUUACAAAGAAGCCAUUAAACUUAUGAACGAUGCUCUGGAAAUAUGGGUUCGAUGUUUGGGCGAGUGCCAUCCAUCGGUGGCGGCGGCCUUGAACAAUCUAGCCGUUUUGUACGGAAAGACAGGGCGCUACAAGGACGCAGAACCACUAUGCAAGCGGGCUUUGGCGAUUCGGGAGAACGUUCUCGGAGGAUAUCAUCCGGAUGUGGCAAAGCAACUGAACAACCUGGCGUUGCUUUGCCAAAACCAAGGGAAGCACGCCGAUGUGGAAGUGUACAGCCGGAAAGCGUUGGAGAUAUUCGAGUCACAACUGGGUGCUGAUGAUCCCAAUACGAUAAAGACAAAGUGCAACCUGGCUGCUUGCUGCCUGAAACUUCGCAAAUACCAGGAAGCUGAACAGCUCCUUCGAGACGUGUUGGUUAGAACGCAGGAUAAAGAGUUUGAAGAUGUGUCGAAUGGUGGUAGUAAACCGACUAAUGAAGACAAUGCUUCGUACGCAAAGACGGGAGCGUGGCACGAGACAUCGGCAGUUCAUUCGCCAACGGUGAGGAGUGUUCUAAAGCACAUGGCCACAUUGUACCAGAAGCUUGGAAAUUUUGAAGUGGCAACCAAGCUGAAGAAUGGCCAGUUUAAAAGUAAGCAAGACAUUUUGGCUGUUGUGGACAGCAAUUGAUCUACGAGUCA